AUGGCGCCUCUCGAUCCCAGCAUCGAUCGCAUCGAGCAGUGUCUAGACGAGGUGGUGCAGUCUGUCGGCCAGUUCCGAAACCAUGCAACUUCGCUUAGCCACCAGAAUGCACGGUACGAAUUGCUGGUCAAGGCGAUGCACCUAGUGCAGGCCACUCGCGGGCCUGCCGAUCUGGUCUUCGCCAAUUUUGAGAAUUCUGGGCGCUAUCCGCACGCUCCUCGAAGCCGAGUUUUCGAUGCCAUCCCGGUCGGCGGCCAGAGCAUGUCAGCCACGGACAUAGCAGCCCGAACUGGGGUGAGUAAGGGAAUCAUAGUGCGCAUGAUGCGGGCUGUCACGCCCUUCGGACCGUUUCGCGAGACCGGCGAGGAAGAGUAUGCCCACCCCCCCAACUCGGAGAUCUAUCUCGCUCCUCCGAUGCGGGCCGUCCUGAGUUUCAUGGUCGAUGAAUACUGCCCGGCGAUGCUGCGCACCCGCGAAUUCCUCCGCCAACACCAGUGGCAGGACCGCAUCGGCCUGCGCAGCAACCCAUACACUCUCGUGCAUCACUGCGAGGGCCAGACGAAGUUCGAGCACAUCUCCCAGAGUCCCAAGCGACUGACCCGACUCAACAACGCGAUGGUCACCGAGGAGUCCCUCCUCGCCGAGAUCGGGCUGUACCCGUUCGUGGAGCGACUGAGUCCGCUGGCGCAGGCGGAUCAGCCGACCAUCGUCGACAUCGUCGACGUCGGGGGUGGACGAGGCCACAUCGUGCGCCAGAUCAAGCAGAACACCCCCAGCCUAGCGGGACGGUUCAUCCUCCAAGACCGCGCCAGUGUCAUUAGCGACAAUGGGCCAGAGAUGGCCCGCCAUGGCAUCGAGCCGAUGGCCCAUGACUUCUUCACCCCGCAGCCUGUGAAAGGCGAAUUGGUGUACUACAUCCGCCGCAUCCUCACGCACCUGGCCGCCGCGAUGGACCGGGAGAAAUCCCGCCUCCUCAUCAUGGAGACGAUCCUGCCCGAGGUCGGCGCCACCAUGGCCCACGCCUACAUGGAUCACACGAUGAUGACGUUUGGCGGGACCGAGCGGACGGCCAAGGACUUUACGCGCCUGUUCGACGCGGCGGGGCUGCGGUUGGUCCAGGUCUGA